AUGGAAUCCGGUCCUGGUAAAGAGACAAUAGAAAAAGUAUUCGAGGCAUUAACAGCACAACCUUCCACCUCUACUACAACUAUAGUUACGUUCUCUCCAACAAUAUCAACACCAGUAGUAAUACCUGAUGAGUCAUCUACUUUUGAUCCAACUAAAGAAACAACGACCGAGGAAAUACCUACAACAACUUCAUCCACCACAGAUUCUCAAAGUAGCUCCACGAUUACGCCAGAAAUAUCUACCAGCACAACCACUUUAUCUAGUACUACAGAAGACAUUACAGUGACUUCAUCCACUCCAGCUUCCCAAAGUAGCUCUACGAUUACGCCAGAACCAUCUACUAACACAACAACUAUAUCUACUACUACUGUAGAUGUAACUACCACUACACCCGAAGUUACUACGACAACUGUGACUACCUCUGUUUCAUCUACUUCCUCAUCUACUGCUAGUACAACAACCGUAUCAACUACACAGACGGCAGCUACAACAACAAUACCUACUACUGUGACAACCACAGCUGCUCCCAAAACAGCAGAGUGCAAUGCAAAUACACCAUUGGGAAGAUUUUCACUAAAUUCAAAAGAUUGUUUAUCAUACUAUACAUGUGCUUAUUUCAACGGAAAUUACCUAUUGAACAUUUACAAAUGUCCUACCGGACGUCCCUUUAAUAGUGCUACCCAAAUUUGUGAUGCAACCUUAACUUGUGCCUAA